AUGUACGCCCACGCUCAGUCACGGCCAAACUCGUUCUAUGCUGCGGAUGAUGCGGCAGGCCAACCAGAUUAUCUCCCAGAGCCGCCACGCCGUCAUCGCCAGUCCCGUACUCAAGGCUCCCCGAAUCAUUACCAGCCUCCACAACAGCCAGUAGAUCCGGACUAUGAUGACGACGAACAACCCUUGGGACUCGCGGGUCAAUUACCUGAUGCUGCGGAUGAGUUUUAUGGCGCCCAACAGAAUGGCAGCACAUCCUUCCCAACUCAACAAUCUCAUUCUCAAUCACCAUUGUCCCAGGGUCCCCUUCUAGAUCACUCUCACCUCCGCCCGGGCAACCAAGCCUCGCUACUUUCUUAUGAGCGUACCCUCGAGCUAUAUCGUGCAAAUGCAAAGAAAACACAGGAUCCAGACAUCCAAUUCGAGUUCGCAGUAUUCAUGAUUGAUGCUUCGAAAUCUUUCCCCAUCCCGUCCCCCACCCCCGGAAAUGUCAUGGAAAUUGAAAAGGCAAUUGACAAGCGUGACAAUCUCGUGCAUGAAGCCACAGGUCUCCUCAAACGCCAAGCAGACCGGGGACACCCAGCAUCGCAAUAUUUCCUUGCAGACUGCUACGCCAAUGGUCUAGGGACUUACAAGAACAGGCAGGACUUCGACCGGGCGUACCCACUAUUUGUGCUUGCAGCAAAGCACGGGCAUCCAGAUGCCGCAUAUCGUGCAGGAACUUGCUGCGAGAAUGGAUGGGGUUGCAGGCGUGAAUCUGCCAAGGCUCUCCAAUUCUUCCGCAAAGCCGGAGCAGCGCUUCAUCCUGGUGCUAUGUACCGUCUUGGUAUUGCUGAACUUAAUGGCGAGCUCGGACUCUCAAAACGGCCACGCGAGGGUGUCAAAUGGCUAAAACGCUCUGCGGAGCACGCAACAGCUGAAUUCCCGCACGCCCUGCACGAGCUUGCCUUGUUGCACGAACGUGGGAUAGACAACGUCGUAUUUGUUGACGUGGAGUAUACCGUGGAACUACUCGCACAGGCGGCGGAACUUGGGUAUGCACCCAGUGCUUACCGGUUAGGGGAAUGUUAUGAGUAUGGGAAAUUGGGUUGUCCCCAGGAUCCAGCCUUAUCAAUUCAUUACUAUAACAUCGCAGCGCAGCAGAAUCAUCGUGAUGCAUGUUUCGCCCUCACAGCCUGGUACUUAGUCGGCUCACCCGGUGUGCUACCCCAAUCCGACACAGAAGCGUAUCUGUGGGCACGCAAAGCCGCAGAUGCCGGUCUUGCAAAGGCGAUGUACGCCGUUGGAUACUUCUUGGAAGUGGGGAUUGGUACCCCGCCGGAACUCCCAGAAGCGAUGACGUAUUUCAAGAAAGCCGCAGAACUGGGUGAUAAGCGAGCCCAACAGCGACUCAAAGGCCCACCCAUCGGACAACAAGGCGGAGUCAUGCGAGACUCCGAUGCCAAGAAUGCAGCCGCCAACAAGGACUGCAUAAUCAUGUAG